ACAGACAUAAGUCGACACAGAGGUCAUUUCCUGUCGAUUUUGACGUACUUCCUUUCGACGAAUCGAGUUGAAAGUUUUGGUACAAGACGUGUAGAACAGUGAAUUUAUCAUAGCUGGACUCGAUUCACCAACCUCUAUUCGGUUUUUGGUUUCGUGACCAUGGCAAAAGAAACCCCGGGACUCUACUAAACUCAAAAUGCCUGUGGAGGAGAAGAGAGACAAGGGACAGACAUCUGCGGUGAAUAGGGAUAAUGAAGAAAAAGAUUUAUCCAGAUUGUUAGACCUGCUAAACACCCCUGCCAGCAAACAACAGCUCCCUUCAAUCUCUUGGAUCCCAGAUGAAAAUCAGAACACACCAAGUAAUCCAUGGGCUGCACAGGCAAAUGGGGUGCUACCUCAUCAACACCAGUCAACUGAAGCUCUGGCUUUGGAGAAAUUUAGCUCCAGGUACCAGGGAGUCAGGAAUUUCAGUUCACAUGCCCUCAACAGUUACUUCAACCAGAUUUUCACAGCCCUUGUCAAGCAGCGUGUUUGUUACCUGGAGUGGAUCGAACGAGUUCCUCCAGAAAAUAUUCUGCGGGUGCUAAUAUGCCUCCGAAUGCUGAUGAGAGACCACACAUUUCAGGUGGAGUUUUUCAAUCUAGGUGGUGUGAAAGUCCUGGCAGAGAGACUUCAACUAUUGACAGAAACUUAUCUUGAGACGGGAGAAGAGCCAUUUACUGUUGACAUUCUGAAGGAAAUGACAAACAUUUGUCAGAAACUUGCUGCAGAUGUUAAACAGAGGGAGUGGCUUGUGGCAUGUUGUACUCAUAAGGCUCUUGUCCUCCUUUUAUCUGCCAGUGAUGUAAUGGUACUUCAUUGUUCCUUGUAUGCCCUGAUUGGUUUGGCCCAAAGUGAGAGACCUCGAGCUCUGAUUGGUGAAUUAAAUUGCGCAGAGAUUCUUUUAAGAAUACUACAGGAAUAUGACAUUCUUUCCAAAACUCUGGCAGCUGGUCUUCUAAGAAUACUGUGUGCUGACAGCAAUAUCAGAGAGCAAGUUAAGGUCUUUGAUGGAAUCCCAAUUUGUCUGAGCUUGCUACACUGUGACAACCUCAAGCUUCUGUGGAAUGUGGUGUGGAUUAUUGUACAACUGGCUGAAGAUAGUGACUCUAGCAAUGACAUCAGAGUUCUGGGUGGAAUUCCUCUACUGCUGGCUCUCCUUCAAGAUCGCAAGCCAGAGCCAAGCACCGAGGUAUUAUACCUGGGCUCUGAUACAGUUUCAAAGGCAUCUAUCAGUGCAGAGCAGACUGAGGCUGAUUCAGGAGAAGACACCAUGCCUUUGAAAAUUGCUGUGUGUUCUGCCCUGACUGAGCUUGUUGUGAAUGACACUAAUGGACAGCAAAUUGUGCAGUCCAACGGUAUUUACCUGCUGGGGUUACUUAUUCUGCCCCAAGAAACGUCGUCUUCUGAGGAAGCCGCUACUGUAGAACAUCUUCAGAUAAGCGCCUUCAGGGCUUUGAGAUUCUUGUUUAGUAUGGAGCGAAAUCGUCAACUCUUUAAGAGGUUGUUUCCCCCAGACCUCUUCGAGAAAUUUAUUGAUGUUGGUCAUUACAUCAGGGAAUUAAUUGCCUACAAGCCUCUGGUUGACAAGAUUUCCACUUUGACGAUUAUUUUAGGACUUCGUUAUAUUCAUAAAGAAAAACACAUCGUCCACAGGGAUCUUACGCCAAACAACAUCAUGCUGGGAGAAAAUGAUAAAGUCACAAUAACUGAUUUCGGUUUAGCCAAGCAGAAAAACCCUGAUGCAAGUAAAAUGACGUCGGUGGUUGGUACCAUAUUAUAUUCGUGUCCUGAAGUCGUUCAAAGCCAGCCUUACGGCGAAAAGGCUGAUGUCUGGGCCUCGGGCUGUAUUCUCUAUCAAAUGGCAACUCUUCAACCACCGUUUUACUCAUCAAACAUGUUAGCAUUAGCAACCAAGAUUGUAGAAGCUAAGUACGAGCCCAUUCCUCCUGGAGAGUACUCGGACAAGCUUUUCGAGACAGUGACUAGGUGUCUGACACCCAAUCCCGAUGAAAGACCGGAUAUAAUUCAGGUUGCUUCCAUUAUCAGCGAAAUAAUGCUAGUGUACGUGGACAAGUUACGGUCCAAUGAGAUUAGCCUGGAAAAGAAACUGGAACGGGAAAGAAAAAGAACCCAACGGCAUUACAUCGAGGCAAAUCGUAACAUGCAGAACUACCAUCGCCUUUUUUGGGCCUCACAAGAACGCUAUGACAAGCUGAUGAACCUGUCAAGUAGUGGAGGAGCCGCUGGCUUCAGGAACGUGGACGUCCCUGAAGGCUCUGACACUGUGUUUGAGGCAGCGAGUGCCCUGGCAGAAUUCAACAAGAAUGGCAUUCAUAAAAACGGUGAACUGGAGUUUGCGAAUCAAGUGGACUCUAGAAUUGACAUUGGAGGAGAAGCUCAAACCAACGGAGGGCCGGGUACUAGUACCAGAUCACCUGAACAAAAUGAUGGUACUAAACCUGAAAGUAGCUCGUCACCAGGCUCAACGCGGCGGCAAAGGACUCUUAAGCCAGUUGUUACUGAUAAAUCUUGUUACAAAGGGAAUAUUGAAAAAUCGUCUACUAUAAACAAAGACAAAGAUAAGCCCUUAUCGGGCAGUAGGACAGGAAUAGAAAAACUGUCUAACAGUAGGACUGUCAUUGAGAAAACAGGCGCCAGUUCUUCCGCAACUAAUUCACAUGUCUUUGCGGUACCCAAGCCCCCGGGACCACGUAAAGGCGCAAAGAGACAACUUCAUGUUGAUUUCGCGAUCGGCAGUAAGGCUGCCUCGUCAAAUGGUUCGAGCACUACAACAGGAACACCUGUUGGUGGAACUUUAUCUGGGAUUCCUUCUUCUAGCAUCAGUGAAUUUUCAUCCAGAAGGACUCAUAGCAGUUCAUCUGUGGAAAUGUAUAGAAGACAGAGUAGUGGACAAUUAAAAGCAAGACCUCCUACUGCCGCAGCAACUCUUAGUAUAUCACCUCGUAAAGUGCGUCAAAUAAACGAUCCUAUUUCCCAGAUUCUCAACCAACUCCACAAGAUCAUCUUCAUUACACAGUUACCACCUACCUUAUCGCCAAACCCACAAAGAAGAAUAGUGGAGCAGUUUAAGAGAGCUUUGUUUGCUCCUCAAAACAGCUCCUUCGUCAAUCUUAAAAGCGAGGUCAAGAAGGUGAUUGAGGGGUCUAGAGAAGUCAUUGACCUGAAGUUCGGGUUUGGGGAUCCAGCAUUCCUGCAUCACCAGCUAGAUACCGCUGAUAAGUUAGUGAGCGGAGUUAACCUUGAAUCAGGCGACGUCCAGGAAAUUGGAAUAACAUACGAGAUGAUGCAGAAUAUAAUCGAAAACGUUCUCAUGGAGAGUGGCUAUUAUGACAUGUCACCCUGUGCAAGAAAUCGAACGUUUCCGCUGGGUCCAAUUGGCACGGUGCCGGCAUCUGGUGUCAAUUUAAGUCCCUCCAAGAGAAGUGGAACCUCCUAGUAUCGUAAUGAAUGGAAUAUUUUACACCAGUCACGAUGGCAGAAUAAUGCAUACUGUCUUAAAAGCUGCGAAAUAAGUUGUUUUUUAUGUGGAGUGUUAGUUCUAGAAAACAUAGUGUGGAAUUUCUUUCAACAUUCAGAAAUGAUUUGAAGCUUUCAGUGACAGUUGUUUUAUAUUUUGGAUGAGAAAUGAGAUUCCUGUGGGUGUAAAUGGUUGUAAAAACGAGCAUAAUUUAUUUUUUUAGCAAAAGUUUAUUUACAAUGCAUUCGAUGUAAAUGGUAAAAAAGGGAGAGUUUAUCUGACCCGCACGCAUGUAAGUAAGUGUUUUCAUUGAUGUGUACUGAGAAUUUAGUGGGUCCUUAGAAAAGUCGAACUUUUAUGUAAACUUAAACGAGCUAAGGCGUAAUGUAAUUUUUUGGGGGCUCCUGAUUGGCGGGAAAAUUUAACACCACUGUCUCGACCAGUUAGAUGAAAAAUUUAAACUUAUCGUGUCUGGUUCGCAGUGUUAUGAUUCUGAUCCAUUCUGCUCGCGCAACUUGGUAAUAUUUUCUACCUGCUUUGAGGUUCUCGAAAAGUGACACUGAAAUGAUCUGCUGUGUGGGUUGACGAGGACCAAUGUUAUUUUUGUUUGUUUUGUGCGCAGUUAUAUCGUGGAACCAAAAAAGUACCUGAUAUAGUAUGUUCGUGGAACUUAAAUUCACGACUACAAAAAAGAAUUACUCGAAGCCUCACAAUAACCCAGUCGUUUGUUGUAAAUGAAAUUAAGUAAACGCUUCGCGUUAGCUUCAAAAGUGUACUAAGCUCGAGCCAGUGUGAUAAAUACCCUGGGGUACUGGAGUGCCGUGGGGUAAUGGAGUGCCGUGUGGUAAUGGAGUGCCGUGGGGUAAUGGAGUACCCUGUGGGUAGGGGAUGAAGAACGCGGGACCUUAUUGUGAACUUCUAAUAGCUUGCUGUGCAGGCGUAUUUGAUGAAUAAUUUUUGGUUAGUACUUAGUUCUUAUUAACCGAGCGGGAGGUCUGUAUGGCAGAAUCUUGACCGAGGUCGCCAGUACAGACCGAACGCAGUGAGGUCUGUACCAGCGACCGAGGUCAAUAUACUCCCAUAUAGACCGACCUGUCUCGGUUAAUAAGAUGUUUAUUAUAUGGCUGUGUCUUAUAUGCCAAUUUUUUAUAUUCUUUGUACCUUUUUUUU